AUGGCGCCCCAAGCUUAUUUCGAUCUUGAGCCCGACUUUGAAAAUGAAAUAUUUCAAUCCAAACGCUUUGGCAAACUCCGUCUGGUUACGGGGGAAGUCAUUUGUGUUGCUAUGGCUGCAAGAAUCUUAUUUCUCCUCAAGAAUGACCAUUCUAGCAGUUGCAUCCCCUGUCAUAUCCUGACUGAAUUCAAUGUCGAGAUUGAUAUCGAGACGAUUCGUGCAGUGGUCGAAAAGGAUUUCGAAGUAUUUGCACAAGACCUGUCGGCCGGAGAAUACGUGGUCCCAACUGUCCCAUCGAUUGUAGGACGUGGCUAUCACAGAGGUCACAUCCUUCCGGCUGGAAUUGCCUACGAGUGUAUAAAUCUGCGAGAAUACGGUAUCCGCUUUGUGAGACGAUACGCCAAAAUCCAAUGGGGUCUGACGAUACCAGACACUGUGUUGGAUGAACUCAUUGAACAGUGGGAAACGUCGUUAACGAUUGCUGGUGGUGAGGAGCCUCCCAAUGCACGCCCUCAACACGAAGGCCGUCGCAUCAAUCGGCUGGCACUUUGGCCAUACCCAGCCCUGGAGCGACGCCACCAACUCUUCGAACAUCCACCCCCCCAGUAUGAACCGCGACCCGUAUACCGCAACAACUCGGGUCAGGAGGUCCUUCUUAGACACCCACGAGAGGUACCAGACAACCAUCCCCUCGGAUCACAAGCCCUGACGGUCCCGGCUUAUACUGCUGGAGAGGCACCACCCACGUACAGCGAUAUACAACUUCCCCUACCAGCUUCCUCCCAUGAAGAACCGCAUUUAUUGAACCCCCAGGCUGAGUCGACACACCAGAGUCUUCCAAGCAACCGUUCCUUGGAAACAGGUCUUGCAAAGGCGCGGCAUUCUCUUGAGGCCGAAUUCGUCACAUACAGCAAAAGCGACAUUGUCAACUAUUUAUUCUCCAACAUGCCCGCCACACACCUCGACAGCGAACUUGGAAUAUUGACUUUUCAGCAAGUGUCUAGAGCCUUUCGGCGUUUUUUGACUUUAAGCAUGCUGGCAAGAUCUCGGCCUCUUCGCGAGAUAGACUUGUGGCCACAGGAGUGCCUCGGCAAUCCACCAGUCCUUUCUGAGCAAGGACACAGAAUGGCGAAGCUCGUCAGAGACGUGAUUACCGAGCUAAAGGUCAGUGCCUGUGCCUCAUCGCGACGCAUACUGACCGGGACGCCGAUUAUCGAAAACCGUGAAGGCCUCACGGUCCUACUACGACACAUGCAACGCGGCAGAGGAGCUCAAGAACUGGGCGAUUUUGUCUCAAGCCGACACCUUUGGAGAGCGGUGCUUGAAGAACUUCACGAGUCGGACAACUUGCAUGUGAAGAUGGUAAUGAAACGAACUCUGAUGAAUCCUCAGGGCGUUACUCUGGAAGGACUGCUAGAGGAAAUCAAACAGGCACGACUGAACGACAAAAGCUUCCAAGUUACCUUACAAUCCUCAAUUGCGACUCCCCGACUGCUGGUAAUGGUCGCAGGCGCUGACGCCUCCCCGGCUUUGAGUAUUGGUGAGUUGGAAGGCGACACGCAUUCAGAGGUUGUCGGUCGGAGACUAAAUAGUUACGUCAACUUACUCCUCGGCGCCAAAAUCGUCCUUCAGGCUACUGUGGGGGCUAUGACCGACGACAUGUUCAUAGCCGCUAGGUGUCAGCUUGAGAGACUCAUCAGUGGUGGAGCUACGGCGGUUGGUAUCGAUGAGGAGAGUUUCCAACAGCUGCAAGAAGCCCUCGAAAGAGUGCAUGCUCUUCGAGAUGCAAAGGAAGCUUCGCGUAUCAACCCCGAGUAUUGGGCUGCAGUGAUGACCAACUCAUGCUUGGCUCUAUUUGGCCGAUUUUCUUCGUCAAGGGCGUGGAUUAUGAUGCCGACUUCAGACGAGCCUCCCCGUCAGCUGGCUUUUGUAUACAUACCCAAGCCUUUGUUCCCAUAUACGAUACAGGCGUCCACUAACCACCGAAGCACGAUUAGAGAUGCGCAACGUCUUGCCCUGCGGUGGAUGCACACCUUCGAGUCCGAUUUGGAGGAGACGAUAUCACAUUUCCACGGGAGUUACGACGUUUUUCUGGUACAAUGGGAGUUCUUCCAAGGCAACUCGGACCCCAACCCUUAUGCCGUUUCGGAAUUUGAAGAAUUGGAUAAGGGAUACAGACACGCCCUGGGUAAAUUACACGACGUAAUUUGCCGUAUCGAGACUGCUUCGCUCAUUGCUAACGCCGAGUCAAAGGCUUCCUUCAUAACGGAGUUGAAUACACAUCAAAAGCUUCGCUACGCCUUUGAGGAACGACUAGCUACUUGCUGGAGAUUGUCAUUCACCAAGCUUGCGGAUCUCGACAGAGCCGAAGCCGCCUUCCAUAAAUACUGCACUGAGCUCGUGCGUGUCGCUCACUGGUAUCUGCGAGGCAAGCAGACGCCAAUAGAUCCUGCCAACCACAAGGCACUGGCGGCAGAGGUGGACCAAAUGCUAACUACUUUGGAAGCUGCCCAGGUCUACUCUGAAUGCGAUGCUGCAGAGGCACAAGCUUCUGGAGGUAUGGGACAAAGUGACUCUGUCGCGUCGUCCUCUGAUGCUGAAUCAAGCCCAGACUCCUCUAUCUCCCUCGCAAACAGUCAAGCUGUGUCGCCGGCGGAUGGUGACGAGAAAAUGGUACCUCAGGUGUCUGGUGCAGCGACACAGCAAGACGAAGAAGUACUGAUCCAUGGACGGGCAGUAUUUGCAACCGAAUCUACAGCGGAUGAGGAGGAGCCUGUGCUUCGACAGCGUGAGGUUUGUCCUUCAAAUCCAAAUUCAGGGUCAGGUCAGGACCCCCUGUCAGGAAUUAUUGCAGUUCGCCUCCAACAGGAGAAUCUCCGACCAUGGCAGACGACCAAGAUGCCUUGGAUCGGCCUCGAGCGCGACAAUGUGCGAUGGGUGCUUCCGAACUUUUGCCUGGACAGGGAGGCAGCUCAUGACGAUUAUCACGCGUGCAGCAAGCUGAAAGUUGUAACUGAGAAUCGUGACUACAGAUUCCCCGAGGGUAAAGAAAACAUUCCAACCCGACCCGGCGACGUUGUCCCGGUGGACCGACCAUAA